GGCAGAAGGCGGCGUGGAGGACGGCGCGAGAGGGCUCCUCAGGGAAGAUGAGGGGAGCGCAGUGGCCGGGAAGGAGGCGGCCAGAGGAAGAGAUGACAGGACGGAGGAGGCUUGGAGGGUUAGGACUGGGCGGCGGGAGGACCCAAGGCCGGGGAGAGCACGGAGACGAGGGGGUCAGGCUUGGGGCCGCAUCACAGGCGCGGGGGCGGCCAUGGCGACGGCGGCCGAGGAGGAGGACGAAGAGGAAGUGGCGGCUUGGGAGCCGGCCGCCCGCCCAGCUUCGGGGUCCGCGCUCUGGCGCCUGCCGGAGGAGCUGCUGCUGCUCAUCUGCUCCUACCUGGACAUGCGGGCCCUUGGCCGCCUGGCUCAGGUGUGCCGCUGGCUGCGGCGCUUCACCAGCUGCGACCUGCUCUGGCGCCGGAUAGCCCGGGCCUCGCUCAACUCCGGCUUCACGCGGCUCGGCACCGACCUGAUGACCAAUGUCCCAGUAAAGGAACGGGUGAAAGUGUCUCAGAACUGGCGGUUGGGGCGUUGUCGAGAGGGGAUUCUGCUGAAGUGGAGAUGCAGCCAGAUGCCCUGGAUGCAGCUGGAGGGUGAUUCUCUUUACAUAUCCCAGGCUAAUUUCAUUCUGGCCUAUCAGUUCCGCCCAGAUGGUGCCAGCUUGAACCGUCGGCCCAUGGGAGUGUUUGCUGGACAUGAUGAGGAUGUUUGCCACUUCGUGCUGGCCAACUCACAUAUUGUCAGUGCAGGAGGAGAUGGGAAGAUUGGCAUUCAUAAAGUGCAUAACACCUUCACUGUCAAGUACUUGGCUCAUGAACAGGAGGUCAACUGUGUGGACUGCAAAGGGGGCAUCAUUGUGAGCGGCUCCAGGGACAGGACAGCCAAGGUAUGGCCUUUGGCCUCAGGCCGGCUGGGGCAGUGCUUACACACCAUUCAGACUGAAGACCGAGUCUGGUCCAUUGCUAUCAGCCCAUUGCUAAGCUCUUUUGUGACAGGAACAGCUUGUUGUGGACACUUCUCUCCCCUAAGAAUCUGGGACCUCAACAGUGGGCAGCUGGUGACACACCUGGGCAGUGACUUCCCUCCAGGGGCUGGCGUGCUGGAUGUCAUGUAUGAGUCCCCAUCGACGCUCCUGUCCUGUGGCUACGACACCUACAUUCGCUACUGGGACCUCCGUGCCAGUGUCCGGAAGUGUGUCAUGGAGUGGGAGGAGCCCCACGACAGCACCCUCUACUGCUUGCAGACAGAUGGGAACCACCUGCUGGCCACGGGGUCCUCCUACUACGGAGUCGUGCGGCUGUGGGACCGGCGCCAGAGGGCCUGCCUGCACGCCUUCCCACUGACGGCGACGCCCCUCAGCAGCCCUGUGUACAGCCUGCGCUUUACCACCAAGCAUCUCUACGCUGCGCUGUCUUACAACCUCCACGUCCUGGACUUUCAGAACCCGUGACCUGUGGACCAGGGAAGCCAGCUACUCAGGGACUGUCCUGAUGGGAGGUACAGUGAUACCUCCUCCCCUGCCCCACGGUGCCUGAGCUUGUAGACCUGUGACUCCAGCUACAGGCAACUCACGGACUAGGAAUUUGGAGUCACCAGGGGCUCGGUCCCUCUUGGGAACCAGAUGGAGGAAAAAUAUGUGCCACUCUGAGACAGGUAGCCAACCUGGCUAGGCUUUCGGCCCUGUCGGCUCGAACAGGAUCAAGCCUGCACCCUGCCCUGCAGACCCUUGAGCCACAACAGCUUAGCGAGGCGAGGUGCUCAGCCACCCAGCUGCUCUCUUUCUGCCCCUUGCCUGGAAGGAGUGCCAAGGCUGCCAACCUGCCUGCUGGCGCUGGCCCCUACCUCCUCAGUCAGACCCCACCCUUGACCAAAUGCUUGGGCUGGGAACACAUUCCUGGGGCACGGUAGCCUCGUCUUGCUUUGAAAACAAGAGAGGACAAAGAGAACCCGGCAGUCUGAGCCAGCCCACGCUCAGGUUAGCUCCCAAGACAUGCUACAGUGUUCACUUUUGUAGAAAAUAAAGCUUGAUUGUUCACA